UGAACUGUCAAAGUAGGCAGAUUAAUAAUUUUUAAAUCCGAAAACCAAUAAUAUUAUUUAUCGUUUGUCUGGUUUUUAUUAUUGUCUACUAAGAUUAUUCUGAUUAUUCCAUUUUUGCAUCAUAUAAUAAUAAAAAAAAUAAAUGGCAUAAAACCAAUUGUAUUAAAAAUAAAUACUUUAUUUAAUAAAUGUAGCAACAUGUCGGAACAAAAUUCUAAUUCUAACCUCUCUCCACCAAGUAAAGCCAAGGAAACAAAUAGACUUAAGUUAAAAAUCUUAGCAUUUCAUGGAUACAGACAGAAUGGUGCAGUGUUCAGAGCCAAAAUUGGAUCAUUUCGCAAAGCAGUGUCUAAGUACGCCCAACUUACAUUUAUAUCCGCGCCUCAUAAAGUUGUAAACGAAGACGGCGGAGAAGAAGAUGAUGCUCGUUCAUGGUGGUUCAAUGCUGAAGAUAAUACAUUCAGUGGAAAAUGUUUGGGUGGGCCCGCUAUUGGUUUUGAAAAUACCUUACGCCUGAUAGAAAAGACGGUGGUGGAGCAUGGGCCUUAUGAUGGGUUCAUGGGGUUCUCACAGGGAGCAUGUCUUGUUGGGUUGUUGGCUGCCAUGCAGAACAAAGGAUAUUUGCCUUACACAUUUAAAUUUGCAAUAUUUGCAUCUGGAUUUCGUUCGGGAAGCUUAGUUCAUAAAGGAUUUUAUGAUGAGGACAUCAAUUUACCAUCACUACAUGUUUAUGGGGAAAGUGAUUCAAUUAUACCAAAAGAAAUGAGUGAAUCUUUAAUUAGUCUAUUUAUACAACCUGUGGUGGCUGAACACUCAGGGGGUCAUUAUGUGGCAUGUUCUGGUUCCAUCAAAGAUGCAUAUUUGGAUUUCCUCCAUGAUAGAUAUGAAGAGUUAAUAAAGGAUUCUAAUGAUACUGAUAAUAACUCUUAGCAAUAAAAAACAGUAAAAUAAAA